CCUGGCAGAAAGUUCAGAACAUGGAGUGAUUGUGUCUGUUUCUUUAGCUGCCAGGAUCUGUAACGGCUCCUGUAAAGUGGCCCCUCCACUCACUGUUUGUCAGUGGAAAGGAUUUUAGCCAAGUUCCUCUGACUGUCGGCCGUUUCAGUGGACGCUUGUGUUCUGAAGUUUCUUUAUGUCACUUUGGCUUGCUCUCGGUGACGAGAUGAAGGUUAGAAUUGGUUUGUGCUGAAUAGCAGCUCCAGUUUAUGUUUUGAGCAUGCCAUGUUUCAGCUGGUUUACGAUGUCCAAGCCCUGUAAGGCACCGGGGUCGGUGGGAGAAGCGUGCCCCGCUUUGUGAUUGGCUGUAAAGAGGAUGAGAAAAACAUGGGCCAAAUGGAGGCUGGUAUGAAGAACGAGAUGUUUCGACAGGAGGACAUGGAGGACGAUGAAAUCGAGUCGCCAUCAGAGCGACAGAUCGUGGUGGGCAUAUGUGCAAUGAUGAGAAAGUCCAAAUCAAAGCCCAUGACUCAGAUCCUGGAGAGACUGUGUAAGUUUGACUACAUCGAUGUCGUCAUCUUUCCUGAGGAGGUGGUUCUGGAGGAACCUGUGGAGAAAUGGCCCCUCUGUGACUGCCUCAUCUCCUUCCAUUCCAAAGGUUUUCCUCUUGACAAAGCUGUGGAAUAUGUGAAGCUAAGGAAUCCAAUGCUCAUCAAUGACCUCAACAUGCAAUAUUUCAUUCAAGACCGGAGGGAAGUGUAUCGGAUCCUUCAGGAGGAAGGCAUCGACCUGCCUCGUUACGCCGUUUUAAACCGGGACCCUGACAAUCCUGCAGAGUGCAGCCUGGUGGAGGGGGAGGACCACGUGGAGGUGAACGGAGAGGUGUUUCCUAAACCCUUUGUGGAGAAACCUGUGUGCGCGGAAGACCACAACGUCUACAUCUACUACCCAACGUCUGCUGGUGGAGGCAGCCAGAGGCUGUUCAGAAAGAUCGGGAGUCGCAGCAGUGUCUACUCUCCAGAAAGCAGUGUGCGAAAAACCGGAUCCUAUAUUUAUGAGGAGUUCAUGCCGACAGAUGGCACCGACGUUAAGGUUUACACAGUGGGCCCAGACUACGCCCACGCUGAGGCCAGGAAGUCUCCAGCUUUGGAUGGUAAGGUGGAGAGAGACAGCGAGGGGAAGGAGAUCCGUUACCCCGUCAUGCUGACCGCCAUGGAGAAGCUGGUGGCCCGCAAGGUCUGCCUCGCCUUCAAGCAAACCGUGUGCGGAUUCGAUCUGCUGCGAGCCAACGGCCAUUCCUACGUCUGCGACGUUAACGGCUUCAGUUUCGUGAAGAACUCCAUGAAGUACUACGAUGACUGUGCCAAAGUCCUGGGGAACAUGGUGAUGAGAGAGCUAGCCCCUCAACUGCACAUCCCCUGGUCCAUCCCCAUGGAGGCUGAAGACAUCCCCAUCGUCCCAACCACCUCAGGAACCAUGAUGGAGCUGCGCUGCGUUAUUGCCAUUAUUCGUCAUGGAGAUCGGACACCAAAGCAAAAGAUGAAAAUGGAGGUCCGCCACCCGCUUUUCUUUGAGCUGUUCAAGAAGUACGGAGGAUACAAGAAGGGCAAGCUAAAGCUAAAAAAGCCCAAACAGCUGCAGGAAGUGCUGGAUAUCGCCCGCCUGCUGCUGGUUGAACUGGGCCAGCACAACGACUGUGAGAUCGAGGAGAAGAAAUCCAAGCUGGAGCAACUCAAGACGGUGCUGGAAAUGGAAUCCAGCUUGAAUGAGAAUCAGUAUGGCCAUUUCUCUGGUAUCAACAGGAAGGUCCAGCUGACCUACCUCCGGAACGGCCAGCCGAAAGCCUCCAGCGAGGAAGAAGACUGUAAGAAGGACGGUCCAUCUCUGCAGCUGGUGCUGAAGUGGGGCGGGGAACUGACACCUGCUGGCCGGGUCCAGGCUGAGGAGCUGGGCAGGGCCUUUCGCUGCAUGUACCCCGGAGGACAAGCCAGUAAUCACCGAUCCCGUGGCUGCGAGUCCCCUGUUGAAUUUGGUGACUUUGCAGGGUUUCCUGGCUGUGGCUUGCUGAGGCUGCACAGCACCUACCGCCAUGAUCUAAAGAUUUAUGCCUCAGACGAAGGCAGGGUCCAGAUGACUGCUGCGGCUUUUGCAAAGGGCCUGCUGGCUCUGGAGGGGGAACUGACACCAAUCCUGGUGCAGAUGGUGAAGAGUGCCAAUAUGAAUGGACUCCUGGACAGUGACAGCGACUCGCUGACCGACUGCCAGCAGAAGGUGAAGGCCAGGCUGCAUGAGAUCAUGCAGAGUGACCAUGAGUUUACACAAGAGGACUAUCAGAAGUUGGCCCCAACUGGCAGUCCCUCACUGGUGAAUUCCAUGAAGGUGAUAGAGAAUCCAGUCAAAACCUGCGACAAGGUCUAUGCGCUCAUUCAGAGCCUCACUUCGCAGAUUCGGAAGAGACUGGAGGACCCCAAAUCUGCAGAUUUACAGCUAUACCACAGCGAGACGUUGGAGUUGAUGUUGCAGCGCUGGUCCAAACUGGAGAGGGACUUCCGCAUGAAGAAUGGACGCUACGACAUCAGUAAGAUCCCUGACAUCUACGACUGCAUCAAGUACGACUCCCAACACAACGCCUCCGUCGGGCUGGAGGACACGCUGGAGCUCUUCAGACUCUCCCGCGCCCUGGCCGACAUAGUCAUCCCACAGGAGUACGGCAUCAGUAAAGCAGAGAAGCUGGACAUUGCCCAGGCGUACUGUGUUCCUCUGAUGAAGAAAAUCUACCUGGACCUGCAGAGAACCCAUGAAGACGAGGCUGUGAACAAGCUGCACCCUCUGUACUCCCGGGGGGUGAUGUCUCCUGGUCGUCACGUUCGCACCCGUCUCUACUUUACAAGCGAGAGCCACGUCCACUCUCUGCUCAGCAUGUUCCGCUAUGGAGGACUCCUGGACGAGGUGAAGGACCAGCAGUGGAAGCAGGCCAUGGACUACCUGAGCGCUGUGACUGAACUCAACUACAUGACGCAGAUCGUCAUCAUGCUGUACGAAGACAACAACAAGGACCCCUCCUCUGAGGAGCGUUUCCACGUGGAACUUCACUUCAGCCCAGGAGUGAAAGGGUGUGAAGACGAGGAGAAUGUGCCCCUUGGUUUCGGUUUCCGGCCUGCAUCAUCAGAGAAUGAAGACAAAAAGCCCAACCAGGGCAGCUUGGAGGAUCUCUCCCAGGAUCAGACGGACGAUGCGCUUCCUGUCACAGAACUCAUCAACUUGCAGAGAAAGUCCCCUAUGAUCCGUAACCGCAAGGCAGGCUCCAUGGAGGUCCUCUCUGAGUCCUUCCCCAACGCUUCCUCCAAAGGCCCCACAUCCCAUCGACUCUUCCAGUCAUGUUCGCGCCAGUCUCCUGAGAUCAAACCAGCUGGAGGCCUAGGCUCGCUCUGCUCUGGCCUCUUCAGUGCCUCAGCGCUUGGGGUGUCCUCUAGCGCCCCCAACUUGCGGGAUUACGUCCGCACCCACCACCAUCACCACCACCGAAAACCACCUCUGUCCCCCGGCAGUCUGCCGUGCAAGAUUGGCAUGUUUGAACUGCUCUCUAUGCCGGCAGUAAAGAGAUUUUCUGUGUCGUUUGCCAGGCAUCCGACCAAUGAUGAACUCGCUGAGUUGGCGCUACAAGGGUUUGACCCUGUUGCCCUGGAUAGGUCCUUCUCCUAUCACCUGCACCACUGCCCCCACCACCUCCGCCUCCUCAGGACCCAACUGUUGUGUGGUCAGGAGCUCUCAGAGUGCCUCCACGGAUUUGAAGGCUGCUCAAUGGUGCCCUCUAUCUACCCACUGGAGACUCUGCACAACUCUCUCUCCCUGAAGCAGGUGGAGGAGUUUCUCAGCAAGGUGUGUGAGAGCAGUGCAGAGGCCCAGGCCAAAACAAUGAAAGCACUUUCUGGUUUGUUCGACUCUCAGAGUCAGACGUGUCUCUGCAGCCCUCAGCCGCCUCUGUCCUCCUCUGGAUCAGAGGCCUCUCUCCAGCCCCCCGGCCAGCCUCUGUGGCAAGAUGGCAGCAUCCCUUCCAGCGCCGUUUCCAGCGCGGGCCCUUCGUCACCAACCACAGACAGCUCCGGGAUCGGCCUGAACUUCAGCUUCAGCGAGUAGCCCCGCCGCUCGCAGGAGAUGAUGCCAUCCUCCUCCUUGGAUUGUGGAGGGAAAACUGCUCUAAAGAUAAUUUUUUUGGACCCAGCAGAGCUACUUUCAGACACUGUGCCUUUCCUACGUUUUUUCACUCAUCAGUUUUCCCCAGAGGCUGAAGGAACCUCCUGCUGUUUAGAAACACACAGACCGGACCGAUAUUUUACACAUUCAGUUAGUUUAUGCUAAACUUCACCUGUUUGUUGGUUUCUAGGCGUUUUUUAACAGCUGCUUUCAGAACAAGAAUUAGUCAUUUUAUUGUGGAUUUAUGGCAGAUUCUUCCUCCAUUUUUAUUCGAUUUAUUUUAAUGGUGUGAAUUAAUAGAGGUUUUUAUGAAGCAGCCUUCUGCCCCCAUUUGAAAGGCCGAUGGUAUUUUUCAUUUUCUUUAGGCCUGUAGCUGUAAGUAGUUUCUUCAUAUCGACCAAAAAGUUGUAGAUCUUGAUUUAACUGCAGCUUAUGGUUUCGUCUCUAAUUCUCACAGCAGGCGGAUCAGUCAGUGUGUCCAUGUGCCUUUAACUACUUCCAUGAAAAAACUUCUGCCACAGAAGGAAGCAGUGCUUAAUCUGAAGGAAGAAAUGAGGACUAGUUCAUCUGUAUGCUGCCUUUAUCUGCUGUCCUGCCAAAUCAAACCAAUGUCUUUGCCUUUAAAUUAUCUGCAUAGCUGCUUUCUAAACAUGCUCAGGUAAAGAAGGAACCAAACAGGUUUUCUCAGCAUUUUGCUGAACUGGGGGUCGGGUUAGUUUCCUUUACUUUAUGCUGGUAAACAUUCAGUCAUGGCUUUAUUUCUUAUAUGACCUCUUUGGAUUGUUUUGCUUUAUGAUUCAUCUGAUCUUUUCAGUAGGUCUUUCUGUAGAGCUGCAGGUUAAUGUCGCCCUCUGUUUGUUGCUUGUUGUGGAUUCACUCUUAGACCAAAAAGUAACAAUAGUUCAUUUCUUUGAGAAGCAAAUCUAAAGAGGACUGACAGCAGUCUGUGCUGCGCUGCAGUAGCGAGGCGCUGCCUGUUUUAUGUUAAUGCCGUUAGUCCGAUGAACUGGUCGGAUCUGGCUUAUUCCGUGUUGUUUCGCCCUUUAAUAGCAGAUAGCGGUUGAAGACACUCUGCUUGGUUGGAAAAACUGUAAAAGAGGUCUGACCUGUGCAAACAGGGUGGAGAAUUAGCCAAAACUUUUUGUUGAUUUGGUUUAAACUUUGAAUUUCUUCAGCAGUCUAUCUGUUGUCGUCUGCUCCUUGAACCCAUUAGCUUUACUCUCUGGUUUCUAACUGAGCUUGGCUGCAGUGUAGACCUCGUCAGUUAGUCCCUGUUGUCUAAACUGAACCCCCAGAACCUGGAAAACAAUCUGCUGUAGAGGAACCUUUUUGUUUUAGAUUUCUGUUCAUUUUUGUCUGUUUUGCAUUUCUGAAUUGUUCAAACAAUAAUAUGUCAGCCAAAGAUGUUUCUGUGUCCUGAGAUGUGAUUUGCUUCAGAGAAGCAGAGUGAAGCUGUAUAAAUCUCUAAAACUGUCUGAAACUGUUGAUGUUCAGGUCAGGUUGUGAUGUUUGGAAGAUAAAGUGCUGAUAAUAAAGAGCUGUAUAUCAAAUAAACAGUUAA